AAAAUAACGGCAUUUUCGACUUUCGUGUCCAAUAAAACAUAAUACGAUAAUAGUAUACGGUAUUAUCAUUUAUCCCAUUGUAGGUUAAAAAAUUAAAACGGCCAAAUUCCUAACUGAUUGUCGCGCUACGUUCUGCCGAUUUCGAUCCAAGUAUCAAACGGCAGGAGCCAGGAAUCGACCGCCUGUGUCUGCCGGCUGUUAUGGUCGCCCCAAUAACGUUGAAGAUUUUGAACAACCUCCAUUGACCGAACAAACGACGUCGGUACCGCCGACGACGACGACAGAACAGUUGUUGUUGUUGUUGUGGUGUUUCACUUUCUUCAUCCCAAACCUCGUGCAAUGGGUGAGAGCAUCAGUGAUCAAGAAUUGCGGCGACGUCUGUUGACCUUCAACACCGUCGUCCCUCCGGUCACCGAUUCGACCAGAAGAUUGUUGAUGAGGAAACUUGCGGAUCUUGAGAGCCGCCAUUCGAGCCAAAUUGAUUCGCCCAAAUCAAACGAUAUAUCCUUGAUAAAUGUAUCAAAUUGGAAUCAUUCUGCUAGCGAAGAUGAAGACAAAAACUCUUACUUGUUUACAGAAACUAGAAAGUUUUCUAACAAACUACCUGAAAUACAGACUGAAAAAAAAAAACCAAGACUUUAUGACUCUAAUGUUAGUUUAACCCCAAGAGAACCUAUUUUUCGAAGUCCACGUUCGAAUCCUGUCACUGAAACACCUUAUGCUGAUCAAGCUAUUCAAAGGUGGAAAGAAAAAAUGAUGAAUCAAUCCCAAACAGAUAAAAAUGAUGUGUCAAAUACUUCACAGUAUGAUUUUCCAUCCCCUGUUUCAUCAAUUUAUUCUCAAAAUUCAAGGAGAUAUAUUCAACCAACACAGCAAAGGCAUCUGGGAAAUGGCUAUACAAGAAAUACUCAGUAUAUAAUACUACUUUUUAUUGGUUUUUUUGUAGUAAUUUUUGGAUUAUAUUUCACUUCUAUACAAUCAAGUACAGUUGUGUUACCUCCAGGUAUUUUGAACUCUUUAUGUGCCAAAAAAAAUCUACAAGGGUUUGACUGUGAAACAGAACAAGAAAGAGUACAAAAAUUAUAUAGCUCUUUGGUAUCCCAAGUUCAAGAUAAAUAUAUCAAGAAUCAAUGUGAAACGUCAGAUAUAGAACCGACUGUGGACGCUCAAACUAUAUUUGAAUAUAUUUCAACGCAUGAAAAUUUACCAUCCAGGGAAAUAGAAGAAUUAGUUGAAUUAUUUAAAAGUAUUGCCAAAACCUAUUCUGAUUCGCCAAUUGGAUUUGACACUUCGUUUAACAUCAAUAUUCAGCCAAAUUUACCAAUUCUGUGUGCAGUUAAAAAUAUUUUUACUAACAUGUUCUAUCUUAUUUUGUGGCUAGGAAUAGUUUCACUGUCCCUCAUAAGCCUUUAUUUUGGAAUAUGCUACAUGACAACCAAAAGUGAAAAACAUAAACAGGAAGUUAAUCGCUUAGUUGAAAACAUAAUUGAUUUACUGAAACAACAUGCUCAGUAUCGACCCAAUGAAGGUUACUUACCUAUCAUACAUAUACGUGAUCAGUUAAUUCCACCAAAUGAGAGACAAAAAAAAUCUAAAAUUUGGGCUGAAGUUGAACAAUAUUUCACUGAAUCGGAAUCAAGAGUAAGAUCUGAGAUCCAACAAAUUGAUGGUGAAGACUUUCAAGUAUGGAGAUGGGUUCAACCUAUGUCCCCUGUCACAGCAAAAAAAAUUUGGCAGGGUCAAGCAUUUGAAACUACUGAUGGUAGUAUGAACUCUCCUCAGCCAAGUCCUACUUCUUGUUUAAAAAUACGUCAUAUGUUUGGACCAGAUUCUAUGCUAGGAGCUGAUUGUGAAUUACGUGUGAAAGAUGCUAUCCUCGAAAAGUGUGAAUCUGUAGAAGUCUUACAUCUUUCAGUUGAUCGUAGUAGUCAAGAAGGAUGUGUAUAUGUCAAAUGUGCCUCUCCUACUGAAGCAGGAAAAGCUUAUAGACAAUUACAUGGGUUUUGGUACGAUGGAAAAUUGGUAACUGUAAAAUUUUUACGUUUGGAGCGUUAUCAUCAAAGGUUUCCAGAUGCUGUUAGUAUGACAAUACCUCUUACACCAUCUAAUAAUGAAAAACGUUCGUUACAAUAAAUUACAUUGUUAUAUUAAAAUAAUUGUACGUCACUAACAUUGUUGUUUAAUUUUAAAAACGCCUAACGUUUUAAUAAUUAUUAAUAUAAUAUGUAAAUGUUUUACAUUACUGCUAGAACUGUUUUGUUUAUUCUACUAUUAUUAUUUCUAUAAGUAACAAACCUUAUUACUUGUUGUGAAGUAUUUUUUUUUUACUAUUUCUUAUUUUUUAUUCUUACGCUUCUGGAAGCCACCAUAAGUUAUUGAAUAUAUUUUUGUAAACUAAUAGAUGAAUUAAACAUUUUCCAUGUAAUAUAUUAAUGCUACAUACAAGUAUGUUGUACAUUUAAAUAUUA